AUGGCGAACGUGUCAGACAAAGUCGACUUUACACUGUCCUACAUUGGGACGGUAGAUCCAAAGUCGGAUGCAGUGACCUGCAUGCACGGACCUUCUGAGUGUUUAGGAAACAUUAUACAGCUUUGUGCGGCAAAGAUCUAUCCGGACCCAAAGCAAUAUCUGGGCUUUACCAACUGCAUGAUGGCCGAUUACAGGCAGAUUCCCGAACGAAGCCUGGUGGAAGAGUGCGCAUUCGAAUACGGAAUCGACUUCAACACACUGAAUGCCUGCAUCAGCGAUGAAGGAGAGGGCAUCGAGUUGUUGCGCGCGAGUGUUGAGCGGAGUCGCAACGCAGGCGUGACUUUCAGUUGUACCGUGAGGCUCGACGACGAAGUUCGUUGUAUUCGUGAUGGCGGCCAGUGGACCAAUUGCGACGGAGGAAGCAAGGUGACGGACCUCGUCGCCGAUAUUGACGAAUUGUACAAGAAGCGGAAUCGGGAUCUGUGA